AUGUCGGACACUGGAAAUCAUCUUGUGAGUGCAACACCUGAUCUUUUUGUGGUUAUGGCUUUAGAUAAAGCCAGGAAAGAGUAUGAAGUUAUUGGAGAAUUUAAAGGACACUUUGAACGAGGUGAAAAAAUAACUGCAAUAUUAUGUUUACCAUUUUUCAUGCCAUCAGCUUUCAAAAGUCAAAUCUUUGUUAUAAUUGGUUAUAACACUGGAUACUUGAGAAUUUUUACUCAGUCAGGGAGUUUACAAAUAUCACAGCAACUAGACACUUCUCCAAUAAUUUCAAUAAAACUACGUACUGCAACAUUCCCUACAUUCUCAUUACCAAUAUCCAUGCAUUCACAUUAUCAUGAUUACAAUCAAAAACUUUCAUCAUUUUCAGAAUCAUUAGAUGAAGAGAUCACUAUAUUACAUGAAGGUGGUAAAGUUGUUAGUAUUGAUGGGAAAAGUUUAUGGACAGUUCUAAGAGUUUGCAACAGCCAUUACUAUAAUGAUUGUCAUCAUAAUCAACAACGACAACACCAGAAAUUCAAUUCAACACCAGAGUUUUUUGGUGGAAAUGGAGGUAUUGAUGGUGAUGAUGGGUCUACUACAGCGUUUGCAUAUAAGAAGUGGUAUUUUGAGGGCAGAGGAAAAGUUUUUGAUGUGGUAAGCUGUGGACCAUCAAAACACUGGACAACACAUGUACUUGACAGAUCAUUGGUUUCAUCUUCGUCAAGUACUGCUUUGUUUUCAUUUCAAGCAAAGGAAAGAUAUAUUGCUGUUGGAUCAAAUCCAAUGUUAUCAUAUUAUGCAACAUCUGAUUCUAGUAAACCUUUUUUGUCGGCAGUGUCUAUUGCAAGCAUGGUUGCCAAUAAAGUUUCAAAUGCUGUUUAUUCAUUAGCCAAGACUUUAUUAACUGCAGCUAGUGGUGUUGAUGUUAGUAGUGAUAAUAGUACUGUUGAUGAUCAUGGUAGUGGUAAUAUUGCAGCAGCUAAACCUAUACCUAUGAUUUUGGCAUUAAAUGACUCAAAUAGAAAAAUUUUAUCAAUAGUUAUGUCACCUGCUGCGGCUGAUGGAAAAUAUCAAUUAGCAGCUUUGACUGAUUCGAAUAAGAAAUGCACAAUGCGGGUGGCCACAUUAUCAUCAUCAAAAGUAUCAGUCACCUCAACCAACAGUAGGAAAAAGUCUAGUACCAAAAGAAUUACAUUAUUUUUAGUUAUUUAUUCACCAUUUCGAGGAAUAGUUGAAAUAUAUCAUAUGAGACAUGGUAGACGUGUAGGUAACUUUACAAUUGGACAAGGAUGGAAUCUCUUAACCACAGUUUCAUCACCACUUGGAUAUGGUUUGAGUGGCGAAGUUAGAUUGAUAGAUGUUCCAUUUGGAUGUGCUAUAAAGAAACAAGUUAACCAUUUACAUGUAUUUAAAAAUCUCAUUCGUAAAUAUGGAACUUCAACCUUUAAGGAAGAGAUCACUUCAGAGUUGAUGAAAAUACUUGAACAAAUACAAGAUUCAAAUAAAAAAUUAGAAGCAUUGAUGUCAAUUCCAGAUAGUUUACCACCUACGUUUCAUUUGAUUGCAACACAAUCAUCAAUAAAUUGUUUAGGAAUGUUGGACUCAUUUGAUUUUUUAGAGUACGCACAUGACUUGUUAGAUAAUAUGAAAAAUGGUAAAAAGCAGGAUUUCACAAAAAUUAUAAGAUUAAAAAUUGUGUUAAGGGAACAUUUAUUACAUAUUUAUGAAACAUUAGAAGGGUUAAAUGUGUCAACUAAUGGUAACAAAGUAGGAAAAAAUGAUUAUAACAGUGAUAAUAAUGAUAAUGAAUUUAAAAUUAAAAUUAAAAAUUUAUUUAAUAGUAAUGAAAUUAAUGAUAGUAAUAAUAAUAAUAAUAUUAUUAAAAGCAUUGGGCCAAAUAGUUUUAUGUCAUUAUUUAUAUUAAAUAAUUUAGAGAAAAUCAAUGAUGAUGAUGAAUUUUUAUUGCUUGAUGAUAAAAUUGAUGAUAACAAGAAAUUACAAUUAGUCAAUUUUCUAUUUAGACCAUUAAUAUUAUCAAUAACACCAGAAGAAUGGAUUGAGGCUAUUAGAAAGCGAAUUCCAACACCAAAUAGAAUUUGGUUAAAUUUAUUUUUAUUUUGGUUUAAAAAUAUAAAUGUUGGACAUUCACUAUUAUUAGCAUUUUGUUGUAAAUAUGAAUCACCGUUUAUUGAAUCAUUUGAGAUUGAUUGGAAUAAUUUGAUUCAAAAAUUAGAAAUCUGCUGGAAAUUAACUAAAAAUAUUAAAAAUAUUAACAAAGAUAUUGAUGAUGAUUUAGAAAUUGGAUUAACUGCUGAAAAUUUAAAUAAGUGUGAAAAAACCAGUAUUACAAGAAUUGUUGCAAUUAAUAAUUUAUAUGUGAAUAAUAUGUCAAUAGAUUUAUCAUCAAGCUAUAAUGAAUAUGAAAAUUCUGAUUUAUCUAUAAUUUAUAAAAGUUGGAUAUUAUGUAAAUUAUAUGAGAAAAAUAUCACCAGAACAGAUUUAUUGGAAAAAUCAAUUGAUCAAAUUAUAUUUAAUAUCAAAGAUGAUUUAUUAAAAAAUGGUUUAUUAUACUCAAUUUGGUAUAAAAUAUUUUUGCAAAAAUCAACUUCUAUUAUGAGUUUAAUUGAAAAAACUCAUAAAACACCAAAAGACGAAUUGGCAAUAAAGCAUUGCGGAAUGAAUGGGGAGACAAUUAAAAAGUUUCUAUCAGUUAGCAAGAAACUCUUGGAAUCAUUUAUUUUAGAUGAUGAUAAAAUAAAAGUUAAAAAUAUUUUAAAAUCUGUUAGACAACUAUUAAUCAUUCAAAAUAAUGAUGAUGACCUGUAUAAUAAGAAUGAAUCUUAUUAUAAUGAUAUUAUUGGGGUUAUGUUGAAUAUUUUCAAUGACAUUGAUGAUAAUGAUGAUUAUGAUGAAAAAAUAAUUGAUAGAGAGAAAUUUAUCAUGAAAUUAAUAAAAAAUUUAAAAUCAUCAUCAUCUGUCAAGAAAGGUGAUGUUAUUCAAGAAAUUUUGGAAUUGGCACGAAAUUUUUCAUUAGAUGAACAAGUUAUUAUUAAUCUAUUCUAA